AUGUCCUCUGGAGUUCAAGGAGUUUCACCAAAUGACUCUGGAGUUCUCAACUUGAUGAAAGGUGCGUCGGGUAUCGAUCCUCGUUACCUCGGUCUGCAUCAUGAUACGAUGCAGGCAAAUUAUCAUAAGCAGCAGCAGCAGCAGCAGCAGCUGCAUGGUCAGAGUGCUUCAGUUGGGGCUUGUGUCGAGGUUGGAAAUUUUGGGCUUGAGAAAGAGGUUGAGUGGCUGAAAAGGGACAAGAAUGUGCUUAUGCAAGAGCUGGUUAAGCUGAGACAACACCAGCAGACUACUGAUGAUCAGAUGCAAAACAUGGUGCAGAACCUUCAGAUUAUGGAGCAGCGGCAGCAACAGAUGAUGUCUUUCCUGGCAAAAGCUGUUAACAGCCCUGGAUUCUUCGCACAGUUUGUACAGCAGCAAAAUGACAACAAUAAGCGCAAGAUGGAAGGAAAGAAGAAACGCAGGAUUAGACAAGAUUUUCCUUCAGAUGAUCAUUCUGUUAGCCCUGCUGAUGGACAGCUUGUGAAGUACCAACCUAUAAUGAAUGAGACAGCGAAAGGAAUGCUCACACAGAUAACAAAACUAGAUUCUUCUCCUAGGUUAGAGAACUUCAGCAACAGUCCUGAAAGUCCACCGAUUGGUGAUGCAUUUGAUGGCAGAAGUAACAGUCGAAUUUCAGGAGUCACUCUUCAGGAAGUUUCACCUGCUUUUUCGCAGCCAUUUGCUAGUACAACUUCAGCUAUUGCAGGACAAAGUUCAUUGUCUGCCAACAUUCAGUUUUCAGAGAGCAGUUCCCCGAUUGGAGCUCAAGAUUUGCCACCUAUUGUACCGUUUUCAUCAGAUAUGAUUAUGCCUAUGCCCUCACAGUUACAAGAAAUUGUGCCUGAAAACAAUAUGGAUAUUAAUGGAACAGAGAGGGGCAAUGAUUCUUUCAUGGAUCCGACAUUGUGGGGAAAUGGAGAACUGCCAUUGGAAAAUGAUAUUUUCCCCCCCGACCUUCAAAUCAAGUGGGAAAGUGCUUUGGUUGACGAUAUUGGAGAGCCUCCUAGUGUGGGUGAUCCCUCCUGGGAAAAGUUUCUUCAAAGCCUAUACCCUCCUACUGAGACAGAGGAGAUGGGUUCGGUUGAAACAGAAAAUGAUAAGACUACUGAAACAGAGCUGCUAGGAAAUGGAUGGUACAAUGUUCAGCAUAUGGAACAUCUUACUGAGCAAAUGGGGCUACUAACAUCAAACACUAAAAAAGUAUGAUCAGUCACCGAGAAGAUGUACCUGAGGUAAUCCAGAAAUCUCAUCUCUUAGUGUAUUGGGUCACGGGAAACUUCCCAUAAGAUAGUAGCUCUAAUACCGAUUUUCACCUUUGUCACUGGAUUUCUUUUCAU